AGAGGCGUCGAGCUCCUGAGAAUAUUCUUUUGUGAGAUCGCAUGAUGAAUUUUAGCGUUCCCCAUGCCAAAACAAAUGGUGUCAGAUGCGUCUACUGGAACAUCUGGAGAACAGCCUGCUGAGAAUCUAGAUGCGGAGAACGCUCAUUUCAUGCAUCUUCAAGAACGAGUUUGACGUCGGGCCAAAAGGGGCCGGCUUGAUCAUAAUGGAUACUCCAUUCUUCGUCUCGAUAGAAACCUAUAUCUUGAACAGUAGCAUCACCACUAAGUAGAGCAUCACCGCUCGUACACAGCCAUCUUUCCCCCUCGGCAACGCUUUUCAAAAACAACACAUCAAUCCUCAGCCCGUCAUGCACCGAUUCAAACAAAAUCUCGUGGCUUCAGCCAUGCCACAGAGCAGUGUUGAUACAAGCCAUUGGUGGCGGUAUAAAAAUCUACGGACGCUGAAUCUUCUACUGCUUGUUCCGUUGCUGUCUAUCUUUACGCAAGGAUUCGAUGGUUCGAUGAUGAAUGGUCUACAGGCGGUAGAAAGUUGGCGUGGCUACUUCGGCGAACCAAAGGGUGCCACACUCGGUCUCUUCAACGCUGCUUACCCUAUCGGUGGACUUUGUGCCAUUCCCUUUAUUUCAAUCAUUGCUGACACCCUGGGUCGACGCAAAACUCUAGCUCUUGGCGCCGCGAUAUGCUGUGUUGGAGCUGGCCUUCAAUCUGGUGCGUCCACACUUGCCAUGUUCGUGGUUGCCCGAGGGUUUCUAGGCUGCGGCACAGUCUUCUUAGGCUCAUCCGGUGGCCCUCUCAUAGCAGAGAUUGCCCACCCAUUGCAGAGACCUACAGCUACCGCCCUUUUCAACACCUCUUACGCUCUCGGAUCCAUCGUCGCUGCUUGGGCAACAUUCGGAACCUUCCGUAUUAACGGCAGCGCUGCUUGGCGUAUACCGUCGGCUUUGCAAGCUCUUCCAUCAGUCAUCCAACUCUGCAUGCUACGGUGGGUACCAGAGAGUCCACGCUGGCUUGUCUCUAAGCACCGCGACGAGGAAGCACUUGCCUUCCUGGCCAAAUACCACGCUGAAGGAAAUAUGGACGACCCUAUGAUCCAAUUCGAGUACAAAGAAAUUCAGGACGCUCUGGAAUACGAGAAGGCCGUUGAUCGAGGCAGCUGGAUCGGUAACUACCUCGACUUUCUACGUUCACCAGGGAACCGGAAGCGUCUCUUCAUUCUGGUUUGGUCUGCGUGCUUCGCGCAGAUGUCCGGAAACGCGUUCAUCUCGUACUACUUAUCGCCUGUCCUAACUUCGGUUGGCCUUACGACUAGUCUUGAACAGACUGUUAUCAAUGCUACUCAGCAAAUGCUGUCUUGGUUCUCAGCCCUCUACUUCGCAACACUUCCCGAAAAGCUUGGUCGUCGGACCCUCUUUCUUGGCUCGGGCUUGUUCAUUUUUAUUUGCCUCGUCGCCAUUACUGCAGGAAGCGCUGUUUUCGCUGGAGACCAUGCGAACAAAGCUGCGGGAGGAGCGGUAGUGGCUUUUCUAUACCUCUUUUCGCCGGCUUAUAAUUUCGGCAUCAACGGGAACUUGGGUCUUUACAUCACCGAGAUCGUGCCAUACAGUCAUCGCAUGCGAGGUCAAGCACUUUUUCAGCUUUUUUCUACCUGCUUCAGUCUUCUUUCCACCUACGCAGUCCCGGUUGGUCUGCAGAAUAUGGCUUGGAAGUUCUACUUGAUCUUCAUUCCAUGGGUUUUUAUUGAAUUCUUUGUGGUCUGGCUCGUAUAUCCCGAGACAAAAGGCGCAUCGCUCGAAGAAGUCGCUCUCAUCUUCGAUGGUCCCAGUGCGACAGGCUUGUCUGUCGAAAACGUUCAUGAUGUAGAGUUGGCGCAUGGUGCAAAUGGGAAGUGCGAGAAAGCAAGCGCGCGAGUUGUUGAGCUCAACAAGUAAAUCCAGUCAAUACGAAAUUAGCCUUCAUGGACAUGAAGAUUGGUGGGCAACCUGUGGUGCGCAUGGAGAAUUGAUUCGACGUUAACACGAUGGGGUGUCUGCGGGAAGGCAUGUUAAGUAUUACUGUGGCGUAUUCCUCCUUUUCAGCAGUUAUUCGUAACAUGUUUUGGCCACUUAGCUUCAAAAGGACAAUUCACU